GGGACAUCCCAGGGACUAUAGUCCUCAGAGACACGGCCGAGCCGGUUCCUGUUGGAGGGCUCACUCCUAGCAAGACAGUAGAGCAAACUAUCUCUGAUCUCACAGUGGAGUUAGUACAGUAUGCGGCGGCUGAUCUACCCGAGCUCCGUCACAGAGUCAGUGCAUUACAAUAUAUACGAGCAGCCUGUGAUAUAAUAGAGUUCCUAGACGGUGCCGAGUGGGAUGAGGAUCGGAUCCUGCAACUCUUGGGGGAUGCAGAUGAGGCCAGAAGGAUACCACCGGACGAAGUUUGA